AUGGAAUUAUUCUCAAGUUGCCUUUUAGACAGUGCAGCAAAUGAUACAGCGCACGCUGGGUUAUGUGAACAAUUCAUUGAUCCUUCUGCCUGGCAAAAUAUCAAGAUAGGCCUCUAUCCGGAAGCAACUGUAGCUUUGAAGCAGGGGAUCGCAAAGUUGGCCGCCAUCCAGCUACGAGAGACUUUGUAUAUACAACCAGCGGGAUAUUAG